GCAAUUAUUUAAUUAUAUAAAUUAUAUAUAUAUAGAACGCCUCGUGAAUGAGCUAAUCAAGCACAGCUAUAAAUGCAAGCUGAGCCUAAUUAACGCCAUGCUUUCCUAAUGGAUGCAGGACGUGACAGACCUGAGCUGGCCAGGAGUUAUGAGGGCCCCUCACUGUCUGACUUUGACAGAAGCUUCUGUACAGACCGGAGUCUGUCUCUAUCAGCGGUUUCAGCCGAUGGCUUCCUGAGACCAAACAAAGGCAUUGUGUUGGAGUAUCCAGAGCCCGGCCCUGCGGCUGCACCCUGUCUGAACUACUCCACAAGUCUUUUGUCGCCUUUAGUUGCCCUCAGCAAGAACGCUCUCUCUCCAGGCAGCGCCCUGAGCACCGCGCUGAGCAGUCCAGUGCAAGGCAAGUCCUCCACACCCUACGAGAGGGUCAGGUUUCAAAAGCCUGUCCUGGCCAGCUCUCUGGACCUGUCUUGUGUUGAUCUGACGACCACACAUCCGUCGUGGGAAGUGUCCCUUGUUAAGGCCAUAGUUGAGAGCCCAAAAUCAUGUUUGGAGUCCACAUGGAGUCCUAUUAACCAAUCGGCACAGUCACUGAUGUGGUCAGGAACGUCCCCUCACACAAAUGUUUCAGAGGAGCUUCAGCGCUCAUGGAAGGAGAUGGUCAGGCAGGGAUCUAAUCGGUCUUCUGCAAUCCCAGAUCUCCGAGAGGAACAGAGCUCAACUAACUUGGCCAUUUGAUCGAAACCCUAUUUUAGGUACGUGAUCCUACUCUUCA